CAAAACAACAACAAUAUGGAUUAUCAUGCAAAGAAUCGAAUAUUUUCUAUCAUCACCAUUAUCAUCGUUAUUUUGAUCGGAAUCCAUUUGAUCGAUGCAAAUGAUCAAUCAUCAACAACAUCAACAAAAUUUAUCAAUAGUUUAAUUGCACGUUUUCAAUCGAAUGGUAUUCGUGGUUAUGUUUUGUUUACUGAAAAUGGUACAUCAACAUCAAUAUCGACAAAAAUUUUUGAUAAUGGUUCAAAUAAUGAAACAUAUAGCUGGAAAGUUUAUAAUGCUGGUUAUAUGAUUGAUAAUACUAAUUGUAAUGUUCGUAAUAAUAUUUAUUUAUCAUUUGAUCUGACAUUAUUGAUGGGUUCAAUUGAACCAAUCCGUCAGAAUAUAUUCAAUGUACAUUUGAAUUUUGUUACCGGUGAACAUUCAUUUUUGGGUAAAACAUUAGUUUUAAAAGGUAAUAAUAGUGGUCGUAUGUCAUGUGCAAUUAUUCUACCAUUUGAAAAUAAAUCAACAUUUGUUUCAAAUUUUCAUACCGAUAUUGGUGGUAUUGUUUAUUUUCUACAAAGUGGUAAUCUUUUCAGUAUUGUUUCAAGUUUAUAUUAUUUAUCACCGUUAUUGAAAACAUCAUUAUAUGAUUGGUCGAUUGUACGAUCAUCAUCGUUGAAAACAUCCUCAUUAUCAAUGAAAAAUAAUGAAAAAAUUUAUGAUUUUCAUUAUGAAAAUGAAAUGAAACAUUGUUCAAAUACAACAACCAUGUUGAAUAGUCAAACAAUCAUUCAAAGUACGGAAACAAAUCAAAUUAGUGUUUCAAGUGAAUCAUCAACAUUGAAUAGCCGUAGUUAUAUAAAUUUAUUAAAUGUACCGAAUUUAUUAUCGAAUGAAAAUCUUUAUCUAAUAUUACGUAAUAAUGGUAAAAAUAUUGCCUGUUCACCAAUAUAUCAAUUAUUAUCAAGAAAAACUAUUGCAAAAUUUAAUGAUAUUGAUCAUCAAUUAAUUGGACAGGUAAUGUUCAGUCAAGAAAGUCCAAUCGAUCCAACAUUAGUUGAUAUUGAAUUAAAAAUCAAUAAAUAUGCAUAUAGUUAUGGUAUUGAUGAACUACCGACAAUUGCACGUACAGCUGAAUCAAAUAAAAUCUGUCCAAAUAUUAAUAAUAUUAUUUAUAAUCCAACAAAUAUUAGUCCAUUUUCAGUACCAAUUGAAGGAUUAGGUACAAGUGAUCAAUAUGCAAUUGGUGAUUUGAGUGGAAAAUAUGGUACAUUAUUACAAAAAUCGGAUGAAAAAAUCAGUACAGUUGAUUUUAAUCUGCCAUUAUUUGGACCGGAAAGUGUUGUUGGACGUGCAUUAGUAUUCUAUUCACCAAAUGGUACAACAAUUGCUUGUGCUAAUCUAGAAUUAGUCGAUAUUGAUAUGACAGUUGCAUUUGCUACAUUUGAUAAACCCGUUCAAGGACAAAUAAUAUUUAAACAACCAAAAAAUCAUUGUAAUGAAGAUACUACUGUUUAUUUUGAAAUUUCACAUUCAAAUGAUAAUUUAACAAUAACCAAAAAUCAUCAAUGGAAUAUUCAUCAUAAUCCAAUAUUUACUGAUAAUAGUUGGAGUACAUCCGAUUGUAAUCGAACGGAUAAAAUAUUUAAUCCAUAUAAUAAAACAAUUGAUUCUAUUUAUAAUCGUGAUUGUCAGAAUGGAAAUACAAAUCCAAUACAAUCAUGUAUUAUUGGUGAUAUGUCAAGAAAAUUAUCCACAAUUGAUAUUGUACCAUAUAAAAUUAAUGAUAAUGGUGAUGUUAAUUUAAAAAAAUAUUAUUUUAUUGAUAUUCAUUUGCCAUUAUGUGGACCAAACAGUAUUAUUGGUCGAUCAAUACAGAUUAAUCAACAAGAUUCAGAUUCACGACCAUUGGCAUGUACAAAUAUUGUACUAUUUGAAAGUGAAGAUGAUGAUCAAAAUUCUUGAAUUUUUUUUUGAAAUUAAAUUAAUUUG